AUGUUUUUAUUCUCUAAAAAAAGCUCGAGUGAAAUCACGUCAAAGAUUGAACAAACGGUGAAUCAGGAGACGGUCGAUUGGACAAGUGUCUUUGAGAUCUGCAAACUUGUGAGUCAAAACAAGUCAGGAGCCAAAGAAGCAAGAAAGUUAUUACAAAAGAAGAUGAUGGAUAACAAUCCAAGGAUACAAAUGACAUCAUUAGAAAUAAUGAAUGCAUUAAUUGAAAAUGACUGGAGAACAAUGCAAGCUGAGGUGACGGCUAAAUCGUUUGGAGAGGAUCUCUGUCGACUUGCGAGUUCAAAGUCUAUUGAUCCUGCUGUGAUGGUUAAAUUAGCAGAAUCCCUGGACGGUUGGAUCGUGCGAUAUCAAGGAGUAUCUAAAACAGAAGCAUUGGUCAAGGCACAGGAGGAAAUUGUGAAGCAGGCGACGAUGCCAAGACGAGGCAUUCGACAGUCAUUAGAGCAACCAGAGGUGAAUAUACGAGAAAUGAUCGAAGUAGCCAAGAAUAGUGCACAGGUACUAUCACAAACCUUAUCAUUUACGGAUCCUACAAAAGAGGAUAUUUCGAAAAACACGUUGAUACAAGAAUUCUAUGCAAAAUGUAAACACGCACAAACAGCGCUCAAGGCCCAAUUAGAAACAUGUCAAGAUCCUGAUUUAAAUGCGGAUAUGUUGAAUACCUUUUAUGAAUUGGAUCAUUGCUUUAAGACAUAUGAGUCUAUGCUUGAACAACAAAUGGUUCAUCGAGCCAUGGUUGAUUCUCAAACAAACCAUCGCACGACACAGGUUGAGUCAUCUACCUCUUCUUCUUCUAUGCAACCAAGUGCAUUUAAUCCAUUUUCGGAUGAUUAUCAAGUGCAGCAUUCUCUAGCAAAAAACCAAGAAUAA